AGAGGUAGGAGUGGUUGAAGAUGAAAGGAGCAUUAUGGAGGGAGGAAUAAAGGGUGUGGUGUGUGAGUCUUAUAAAGCAUCCUCUGCAUCCGCUCCUCCAUCACUACAGCCCUUCUUAGACUGACGUUCACUCUCCACGCUGCUCAACUCCACCUUGGUAUCACCAUGUCUAACACCCAGCAGGCCAUGACCCUCCUCAUCACCACCUUUGAUAAGUACUCCUCCAAGGAGGGGGACUCCAACACCCUGAGUAAGGCAGAGCUGAAAGAUCUGCUCGAGAACGAGUUUGGGCAGAUGCUGAUGAAAACCAACGACAAGGCAGCACUAGACCGCAUCUUCAAUGACCUGGACAGGAACAAGGACAACAGCGUGGACUUCAAGGAGUUUGUCACCCUGGUCUGCUGCCUCACUCAGCUGUGCCACGAGUACUUCGUCAGCAAGAAGUAGGACGCCAGGCGCCACCUAGGGGCCAGCGGAGGAUGCUGCCUCCCUGUGAGGCGGACGAUCCCUCCACGGCUGUUCUGAAGAAAUAUUUACUACUGCUUAAAGGCACUAUCACAAAAUAUGACGCAUGAUGUCACAAAAAUUACACGAUGAUGCAAAAUUAAAGUUUUUUCUUUGAAACACUUAA